GCUGUCCGAGUAUGUUUGACAACAUCACUUGCUGGCCGGCGGCAAGCGAGGGUGAAAUUAAAGUGAUGUCCUGUCCCACCUACUUCAACUUCUUCUCGGCUGUUCAGGGGCGUAACAUGAGUAGGAACUGCACAAGCGACGGCUGGUCUGACAUGCAGCCCGCGACGUACUUUGCAGCUUGCGGAUACGAUCCCAAUGCCACAGUCCUGCCCGAGACCGUCUUCUACGGCUUUGUGAAGACUGGCUACACCAUUGGACACAGUUUGUCUCUCGUAGCCCUAACCAUGGCCAUGAUCGUUCUCUGCAUUUUCAGGAAACUGCACUGCACCCGCAACUACAUCCACAUGCACCUUUUCAUGUCCUUCAUCAUGAGAGCCAUCGCCGUCUUUGUUAAGGACGUCAUUCUCUUUGAGAGCGAGGAGUCGGACCACUGCUACGUGAACACGGUCGGCUGCAAGGUGACAAUGGUCUUCUUCCAGUAUUGCAUCAUGGCCAACUUUUUUUGGCUCCUGGUCGAAGGCUUGUACCUUCACACCCUGCUGGUCAUCUCCUUUUCGGAGAAGAAGUACUUCUGGUGGUACAUCCUGAUUGGCUGGGGGGCACCCACAUUGUUUACCAGCCUUUGGACGAUCAUGAAGGUUUACUUUGAUGAUGUCGGUUGCUGGGACUUAAUUGAACAUCAUUACUGGUGGAUCAUCAAAACUCCCAUCCUGGUUUCUAUAUUGGUCAACUUUGUUCUCUUCAUUUGCAUUAUCCGAAUCCUUGUGCAGAAACUUCAUUCUCCAGACGUCGGCCGAAACGAAACAAGCCAGUAUUCGAGACUGGCCAAAUCCACCCUGCUCCUGAUCCCUCUCUUUGGCAUCCAUUACAUCAUCUUUGCCUUCUUCCCCGACACCACCAAGAAGGAGAUACGGGAAGUGAGACUGGUCUUUGAACUCGUGCUGGGUUCGUUCCAGGGCUUUGUGGUGGCCGUCCUGUAUUGCUUCCUCAACGGAGAGGUAAGAUCAAAAGGUUAA